UUCAGCGUUUUAUUUUUGCCUCGCGCAUCGCAUGUUGCUUUCAUUUAGCGCAUAGUUCUAGUGUUUCUUUCAUACUCAUCUCCACUCUCGAAGCUCAAGCCUACAGUCCAGACGCAGCGGAUAGUCUCACCGUGACUCAGCAAUUCUACUGAAGGCUGGCACCAAUGGCAUAAAUUUGCCAAAGGUGCCUUUAACAAGGCCAAGGGGCUUACGUUUGUUUGAGAGUAAAAUCUACCAUGAUGAACACCCCAACCAAUGCACCAAUGGCGAUUCCCCAAGACCAGGGGCCUCCGUUGUUGGGUCAGCCAGUGCUUGGUGGCAAUGGCCCCCAUCCUAGUCCCAUUCAACCAUUUUGGCAGACUCUGCCUCCGGGCAUGCCAGGGAUGGGAAGUCAGGAGCAGCAGGGAAGAACUCAACAGUCUGAGAAUCACCGGGGUCCUCAGAAUCAUCCUGGUGUCCCCAGAAAUCCUGUCAGUCCAGAUAACCUAAACAUGCUUGGGAGAGCUGACGCAUGUCUGCAUUUAAAAAUAAGUGACGAGACAGAGAGAAGUAAGUUGCAGCCAUUCUCAAACAUUGUCCACACAUCAAUCAAUUCCAACACAGUGCCCAUAUCUGAUGAGAGGCAGAGCUCAUCAAUGUGCCAUCUUUCAAAUCGGGAAAGAAUGGCAGAAACUAAGAGUAGGAGACACCAUUCUCAAAUGGUUGCUCCAGGACAUCAGUUUCCAGGAUCACAUUUUCCUUCUGACGGUCCAUUCAGUCAUGUUCAACACUUCCAGCAGCAUCAAGAACCACACCCCUCAGGGCAACGCCAACCUGCACAACACUCAUCUGAACUGUUCCAUUCUGGCCUGCCUCCAUUUGAGCCACAUCCACAUCAGCCUGUACCACGCCCAUUCGAAAUGCCAGGAGGAUUCAGUGUGCCACCUCCAACCCAACCUUUCCAUCCACCAGAGCAGCACCAAGAUCACAACCGUCCAGAUUCAUCUCUCCCACGACCACACCCUGUAGGACAGCAUCCCACGGGACCACACCCACUUGGUCAUCGGUUCCCUGCAAUGCCCCAGCAACAGCUGCCACAAGAGGCUAUUACUUCUAAUCCUUUCUCCAUCCAAGAAUUAAAUCAACCAGCUGUGCCUUCUCAUCAUCCACCACAGUCUCGUGAAGGCCUUGAGCCAUAUUCACAGCACCAGGCUCCCAUGCCUGAGAAGUCUCAAAGAGAAAAAGAUGAGGAUUGGCUGAAAACUUGGCUGAGGAAGCACAAGAUAGACCAAUCAGAGAAGGCAAAGGAUAAGAAAUUUAAACCCAUCUCCCUAGGGGAAGGUCGACAGCUAGUCAAAGACUUGCUUCUGGCUUUGCGUCAACUGAACGAGCAGAAAGACAUGAUGAGUAGGCACAUCAACAAAGAUGAGUCAUCUUGGCAGUAUGAAUGCAGGAGGGCUAAUCGGACAAAGGAAAGAGUUGAGGCGCUGAAGGCAAAAGUAUUUAGUAAGGAAGUUACUGACCAGCUAGACAACAAAAUGAAGAAGACGAGAAGAAAACGGGCGAGACUGAAAAGGCAAAGAUUGGAGAAGUACCAGGCGGAGCAAGAUGUGGAAGCCAGGAGAAAGGAGAUGCAUCUUAAGAUUGAUUCUGAGCUGGCCAAGAGGUUACAAGCUGAGCAAGAAAAGAAAAGGGAGGUCGAACUGCAGGAAGAGGUCGACAAGACGCUCUACGAGGUUCGAAAGAAGAAACAAGAGGUCUCUCAGGCUCUGGAACUCAUCAAAGGACUGAGGAAGCUCAGACAGCUUCGCAAGGAUGCAGCCCAGGCAAAGGGCAUCUACACCCCAAGGGAAUCAGAUGUCAAUUUUGAUGAAACACUGAAGCCCCUUGAGGAGUUGAUGGGCAAGCAGAGUGUCUUAUACCAGGAGGAGGAGAGAGUUAUGCAGGUGAUGCUUGAGGAAGAGCACGAGGAAUACAAAGAGCAAGAGAAGAGGAGGCAAAAAAAGUGGCUGGAGGAGAAGGCUAUCAAGGAGAUGCAGGCCAAGAUGAAGUUACUCUUUGGCAAAGAUGAAUCACUGAGACCAGACGAUCCCUUGUUCCCUUUCCAGCAGUUUUACCAACAAGCUGAGAAUAACGUACAAGCUCUGAUAGAUAUCAGGUAGUCAUUGCAGUAACAAUCUCUGAGCACAAACCAUGACGGACAAAAAGUAGGGGGAAAAAAUGUUUCCAUAGAUACAAGUUAUAACUCACGUAACAUUUUAAAGUUUUUUGCCAAUCUUUUUAAGUGAACAU